AAGACACAAAGUCAUCCAACGUCACCAAAUUGAUCGGGGGUUGCAAGCCAACAUGUCCGGAGCAGCAAGGUCUAUCUUGGCGAGAGCGUUGCCGCGCUCGUCUGCGGUGACCUCGGCCGCGGCUGGCGCUCGAAGGAAUCUCGCAACCAGCAGCAUCGUCAGACGCCCUCUGCCAGCCGGUGGUGACCGAGUCAACCCAGUGUCUCCUUUCCCAGAAUCAGCUGGCGUGAACGAGGCCGAGAAGUACGCGGCUGUGCGACUGCCGCUCACCGAUUACGGCAGCUACAUUGUUUCAUGCCUUCCAAAGCACAUCCAGCAGUUCUCAGUCGUCAAGGACGAGCUCACUCUCUAUGUGGCUCCUUCUUCUGUCGUUCCCACGCUCACGUUCCUGCGAGACCACACGCAGUGCCAAUUUAGAUCGCUGGUCGACGUCUCAGGCGUGGACUUUCCAACGCGAUCGCAGCGUUUCGAAAUCGUCUACCACUUGCUAAGCAUCAAGUACAAUGCCAGAAUCAGGGUCAAGACAUAUGCGGAUGAGGUCACGCCAGUGCCUAGCGCCACAGCUGUCUACAGAGCAGCUGACUGGUAUGAGCGCGAAGUUUAUGACCUCUUCGGCGUCUUCUUCCUCGGACACCCGGACCUCAGGAGAAUCCUUACUGACUAUGGCUUUGAGGGACAUCCGCUUCGAAAAGACUUCCCCUUGACUGGAUACUCGGAAGUCCGAUACGACGAAGAGAAGAAGCGGGUGGUCAGCGAGCCUCUACAACUCACCCAGGCAUUCCGCAACUUUGAGGCCAACUCGCCAUGGGAGCAAGUGGGCGAGGGACAGUCCUACAAACCGAAGGAGUACACCCUUACUCCCCCAAAGCCCGAGAAGGGCGAUAAGUUGUAAGGCUUUUGGCGGAA